AUGACGGUGAAGGAAAGAUUGGAGGCGUAUAGACGCAAGAAGCGCAGACAGGAAAUGAUGGAAUCGAUCAAGAGUGUAAUGAGAAACAUAUUUUCGUGGAAUCGUGAAAUCAGAAUCGAGAAAUUUGAAGAAUCGAUGAAGGAGGAGCAGGUUAAACUAUGCAAACAGUCAGUGGAUGUCGAAGAGGAUGUCCAGGAGAUUGACGUUCAGGAGGAGGACAACACACAGGAAUCGCAAAGUACAGUGUUAAAACGAAUAAUCUAUUUAUUAUACUUUCUGUUAUGGGCCACGUUAUAUAUGAUCGCAUUAGAGUACGAGUUCGGUGCUGUCUACUUCGUACUGUCGGCUCUGAUCUUUAUCUGCUUGAACACCAGAUCCGGGCCGAAACGACGUGGCGAACCCAGCGCUUAUUCUGUCUUCAAUCCGAAUUGUGAGGCGAUAGAGGGUACUCUCGAUGCAUCACAGUUCGAAAAAGAAAUAAGAUAUGGUAUAGGAGGGAUACGAUGAAAUUGACAUAAAUCAGAAAAAUCUGAACAGAUUUGAUAUGAUGUUAUUCGCAUUCCGAUCUAUUUAUAUAUCAUGAUUGGAUUAUUUAAU